UGAGCAGUAGCAGCAGAGCGCCGAGGUGUACCAGGAGCACGCCUCGCUCGACGCAGCCAGUCACCUUUCUCUCCUCGAGCCGACGAGAGCAGCAGCAGCGCAGCUCUGACCGCAAAACGCACUCUCCUGCUCUCAGCCAGCCGUCGUCGCGAGAGCGCGAGAGCUGCUGCCCUCCCCCGAGUAGCGGCGCGCUACUUUGAAUAUCGCGCGCGCGCUUUUCUCUUCCUUCGCGACAAUAAUCCGUCGAUUACGAGAGAGAGAGAGAGAGAGAGAGAGAGAGGAGGUGCAGAGGAGUGAUUAUUUUUACUGCGCGGGUGUUGUAUUUUUUUGACGUUUCGUGAAAUCGCCGUAUCCACACACACGGAAAGUGCGGAGAGAGGAUCCGAGAGCGAGCGCUGUUACGGAGGCGUUUAGUAAUCUUCGAUUAGUUCAUUGAGCGAUUGCGCAAGGAAGAAGAGCAACGAGAGAACGCAACGAUGCAGCUUCUGCUGAGCAGCCUCUUUCUCGUGCUCGCCGUCGUGUCGAGGACGGGAUGCAGUCAGAGGAUAACACCCAGGAGUCCACGAGCCAGCCGCAAUGCAGCCGGUCUGGACUUCGAGUGUCCCGAGGAGUUCGGUUACUAUCCGCAUCCGCGCGAUUGCACGCAGUACUACGUCUGCGUGUUCGGCGGUGCCCUUCUCGAAUCCUGUACCGGUGGCCUCAUGUACAGUCACGAGCUGCAGACCUGCGACUGGCCCCGCAACGUCGGCUGUCCUGAAAACAGCUCUCCCUCCAAGGACAUCGACGAGGAUCCGCUGCUCGAGAGAGCCGAGAAAGCCGAGUCGAUCCAGCAGCAGCAACAGCAGCAGCAGCCCCAGCAGCACCAGCAACGCGCCUCGCACCAGCAGCAGCAGCAGCAGCAACAGCAGCACUCGCAGCGCACGAUUCAGCGUCAGCCGGUUACCGUGAGCUCGCCGUCGGUAUCCCCCUCGUCCAUCUCCGAUAGACAGCAGCAGAUCCGUCAUCGCCAGCAGCAUCAGCGAAACUACCAGGACGACGAGUACGAGCCCGCCUCCGAGAUCGAGAGCGACAGGCAGCAGCGCGUCUACAGGGGACAGCCCUCCACCGUCGGACAGGUCGCUCGCGAUCGCGAUGGUCUCAGGAGGAACAUCAUCACCGAGAGAGAGAAGGACAGGAUCGUGAACUCUCGAGCCCAGACGGAAACUCAUUACAGGAGCGUGUCAUCGGAGUCGCCGAGAAUCGCCAAGACGAGUGCCUCGACCGCUGCGCCGAUUGUUUCGAAAUCGUACUACAGCGAGCCCGAUCAGAGCUAUCCUUAUUACACCAUCUACGAUGACGACGUCUCCAUCUACAAGGAUGACGCCGAUUACAAUCAAUACACCGUGAACACGUCGACGCCAGUCCAGCCACCGCCACCGCCUCCUCAGCAGCAGAACAUCCGCGCCGAGGUGUCGCCCAGUUCCAAGCCAUACUCCCAGAAGCCCAAGAAGGUCGCGGUUCACGAGGCCGACAAGUACAACAUCAACCAGGACGUCACCAUUCAAGACUACGAUAUCUACGAUAAUCAGCACAUCAGCAAAAACAAAUUCCGCAUCACCGAGGGGCAAUCUCUCAGGCCAAACGUUCUCAGCCAUCCAGUCGUCCAUGUGACAACGCCAAAUGCCAUAAUCGACACUUUCAUCCCGCUGACCACAACCACCCAAAGUCCACCGCCGACAACAGCUCGCUCUUACUCCGCCAGUGUUCCGCCAAGAGGUCGCCAGCAGGUCAAUCGGGGAACAGCACCACCGCGUCAUCGUCCGACCUUGAAACCCUCGACGGAGAUCGUGUCGAAGGCCCAGGAGUUCGUGGACAUCUACCGCUACCCACCAGUAAGGCCCGCACCAAUCUACCCGACUCCCCAGGUUGACAAGCCCGCCGCCAAGUGCCGCAAGGACGUAUGCCUGCUUCCGGACUGCAGCUGUGGCGGAGCCGACAUUCCAGGAGACUACCUGCCGGAGGAGAUCCCCCAGAUCGUGCUGCUGACGUUCGACGACUCCGUCAACGACCUCAACAAGGGCCUCUACGCCGACCUGUUUGAGAAGGGCAGGAACAACCCCAACGGAUGUCCCAUCUCGGCUACCUUCUACGUCUCUCACGAGUGGACCGACUACAGCCAGGUCCAGAACCUCUACGCCGCCGGUCACGAGAUCGCCUCGCACACGGUCUCGCACAGUUUCGGCGAGCAAUUCUCAGCACGAAAGUGGUCUCGCGAGGUGGCCGGACAACGAGAGAUACUGUCCGCUUACGGAGGCGUUAAGCUCGAGGAUGUCAGGGGAAUGCGAGCUCCGUUCCUCUCGGUGGGCGGCAACAACAUGUUCAAAAUGCUGUGGGACACCAACUUCACUUACGACUCGUCGAUGCCGAUCUACGAGAACCGACCGCCCAGCUGGCCCUACACCCUCGACUACAAGCUCUUCCACGACUGCAUGAUCCCACCCUGUCCCACCCGCUCCUACCCCGGACUCUGGGAAGUGCCCAUGGUCAUGUGGCAGGAUCUCAACGGCGGCAGAUGCUCCAUGGGAGACGCCUGCAGCAACCCACCGACCGCCGACGGCGUCUACAAGAUGCUGAUCAAGAACUUUGAGCGACACUACACCACCAACAGAGCGCCGUUCGGUCUGUUCUACCACGCCGCGUGGUUCACCCAGGCCCACCACAAGGAAGGCUUCAUCUCGUUCCUCGACACCAUCGUUGCCAUGGACGACGUCUGGGUGGUCACGAACUGGCAGGCGCUCCAGUGGGUCAGGAACCCAACGCCCCUUGCUCUCCUCGACCGAUUCGAGCCAUUCCAGUGCAAUUACCAGGACCGACCGAAGAAGUGCAACAACCCGAAGGUAUGCAACCUGUGGCACAAGAGCGGCGUGCGCUACAUGAAGACGUGCCAGGCCUGUCCCGACAUCUACCCAUGGACCGGCAAGACUGGCAUCCGCAGCAGUCGCAUCGACAACGACAUCGACGGCCACGAAUGAGCGAAGCUGACCCGAUGACUCUCUUUCAGAGGAACGGCUGAGAAAGAGCGCGCGGACCUCCUCCUCGGGGGCUCGCCAACCUUUUGCUGACAAAGGUGUUUCUACAUGUGGAUGUGAUCUUUUAAUACGUGGACGUGUGUGCGUGCGAGCGCGGAAUGGUGUUACGUGUGGUAUAUAGUAGCAGUGAAAACUCGUCCGGUUCUUGGCUAAACUCGCAGGAACUCGAUGAGCUUUCGCGCUUGUGCGAUUGUAAAUUUUUUCAAAUUUUAUACAUUGGACUCUAUAAUUUAUACGGUGAUGAUGAUGAUGAUCGAUCGCACUGCCGGGGGGGACGAGAUGAAUCGCUUUAACUUUUGUGUCAUUUUUGCGGGGGUGUUUUUAAUCAAAACAACGAAAUUUUUUACGUGUGACAAUCAAAGCUGACACGGAAGAUCUAGCUUGCGGGCGAAAUUAGGCUGCCGAUGGAUCGGCGGUGUACUUAUUUUUGAUAUAUAAUUAUACUACUAUUGCGUAGACUAUUUAAGCAAGCGCGAGUUUUGUACGUUCGGAGGAUGGACGUCUAUAUCAUUAUCGAUAUAUGCUUGCACAAAAGUCGCGCUUCGACUAUGUACGAGAAGAAAAAAAGUCAAACUUAGAAGAAUUUUUUUACAUUAUCGCACAUAUUAGUAGCUUUUUUACAACAAAACCAUUUUUCGCAGCCAAUUUUGCUAAGCUUGCUUUCUCGUAAUGGAUAAAAAGUUCUUACAAGUUGCUUUUCUUUCUACAUCUAUAAAAGUAUACACGCAUGUGGAUUGUUCAAAAUCAGAGUAGAGUAAUAACAUUUUUAAGAUUUUCAACGCGCUUGGCGCGUAUAACCAUGACAAUGCCGAGCUUGGCGUAAUAAUCCUAGAGAAAUAAGAAUUUUCAAAAGUUUCCAGUCUCUCACUCUGACUCUGAACUAAAUUCAUAAUAAACUCCGUCCUAUUCUUCGGAGGAAUGGCCUUCGACUUCGCAACUCGGGAUUGACGAGGCAGUAAACGGCUGCCUCGAUUUGCAAUACUCGAUUUCUCUCUUCGGCGAAACUGCGUACGCGUCUAUUUUGCAAAACUCGAUUUGGCCUCUCUCUUUCUCUCUCUCUCACUUCACGUGCAAAAUGAAGUUAUUAAACAUCGUUCCCAGAUAGAAUCUUCUUUCAUGCCCGGGUGCGAAGGCGAAGUUGCAAUAACGAUAAACAAUUAUAAUGUAACGCGUAUACGUAAUUAACGAAAAUCGGCGGGAGCAGGAGAGAACGCGGCGGCCGAGCCGAGUACGCCGAGAGCUGCGGUAUGGGAAGAAAAGAGCGCCUGCACUUCGGCUGCCGAUCGCGAUCGCUCGAUCCGCGAGCACAGCUUCUGUGUUGCCGUUUUUCGAUCGGCGCGCUGAUCGCCGGCCGAAGGCGACGCCCUGCUAUUAUUAUUAUUAUUAUUAUUGCGGAAAUUCGAUUCGGUAUAUUUAUUCAUCUAUUUUUCUGGAAUAAUUUUCGUCUUCUAGAUGCACUCGUAUUAUUUUUUCUUUCGAAAAUCGGCAAUCCUCAUUUUUCGUAGCGAAAAAUUAACUGCUAAUUUGAAAAGUAUUUCGUUCGAGCUCGUUUAUAAUUUACAGGAGUCGGUGGUCACUGGCCGCUGUAAUCUUAACAAGCAUCGUCUCGCUGAAAGCGUUGAAAGGUAAUUUCACGCUUGGAAGAGUCAAUGGUGUGCGCGUGCUCAAAUUUUAAAUACAAUUGCGGUGUCUCGGCCUUUACAAUUUUCAGCUCCUUACUUCAUUCGUCUCGUGUACAUAUUUAUGUCUAUUUUACGUGUCUCGAAGCGUUUAUUUUUUCUGUAUCUUUUUUAUCUCAUCGAAGAUAAAACUCACGAAAAGCAAUAUAACGAGCUAAUUCGGCGUACUCGGCGUCGAAUCAUAUAGGUGAAUUUUAAUCGACUGUUUUAAGCUGCGAUUAUAUACGACGAGGGAGAGAUAGGGAGAAAGAGCUCGAGGAGCGCGCGUAUAUAAAUCACGGAUUUUAGUGUCAUUAAGUGUGUAAUAACGCGCGAAACGAUAUGAGCUACAUACAGAGUUUUGUUCCGGGAGGGAUCGCAUGGAAUGAGAAUCAAUGAAGCGGUCAUACUCGAGGUGAUGCCUAACGGUAUCGAUUUCCGAUAUCGACUGCAGGUGUUUCUUUUUUUUCGAAAUUGCAAUGACAUAAAUUUUGCUGAUACCGAUCGGAAAAGCAAAAAUCUUACGUAACGGCUCUACGAUUUUCCAUCUUUGUGGGCAGGAUUUUUACUUUUCGAAUAUUGCUUGGCUCGAGUUUCUCUUGGAUUGCGAGAGAAGAAAAAUAUGAAAUAUAUAUGAUUAUCGAACGUUCGAUAGGUUUUGUACGAUUAAGACGUAGCGCCUAAGAAAGUAGUGAAAUAAGUAUUUUCUAAGUAUUAAGAUGGAGAUUCGACUCUUCGGCAGAAAUUCUUCGUUAUUUGAAAUUAAUAUGUAAAUAUUCGUAAUAGACUGCUUGAAUUUUGUACCGUGCUAGUUGUAUUCGUGUUUGUUUUUUUCUUAAUUUAAAAAAAAAAUUGACGAUUUGCAGAGUGAAGAAAGUACUUUUUAAAGCCGAUUUCUCCAACCGCCUAAACGUAUAAUGUUCAAUUUGUUCUGUCUUUUAUUAUAUCAUACAUUACUACAGUUACAUUACGAUAAUAAGUAAGAUUAUUAAGUUCAUUUACAACGUCCAUCACCUUUACAUUGAGAAACGUAGUAGGUCAUAUGUAAGAAUCAGGAAUAGGAAGAGAAUACAGGAGGUUGGACCAGUCGUUAAUGUCGAACAUGUCAACGUCUUGCCAAACGAUCGCAUUCCGAUAGCCGAUAUUUUCUUCCCAGUAACGAGCCAUGUUAUUGUAACUUAGAGCUUUCCAAGUCUACGCAAAAAAGGAAUCAAUCAGUUAUAUCAUUGCCUUCUCUCAUUUUAGUCUAUCAUGCAAAUCUUGUAUUAUAACUACAUUUUAAUCAAUUUUUAUAAAUUAUUACAUAACGCAAAUCAAAUAAAUAUAACAAGUAUAUAUAUAUAUA